CGAGUGAACAACCUUGAGAGCUCAACAUAAAAAAUUAUUGCAUUUGGAUUUCCAAAAGGUCAUUUAUGAUAUAGUUAUAUUUAGUGGUAUUACAUCAAAAUAUAUUAAGGAGAAAUGACUGCUUCAAAACCAACAAGCCCUGACGAAAUAAUUGAAAAUCUUGGAGGAUGUGGCAGGUUUCAAAAAUACAUGGGUUUCACAGUUCAUCUGACGAAGACGCUGAUAAGUUUUAGUGUGAUGAGCACGAUAAUGUUGACUGCUACACCAAAGUGGUGGUGUAUUGAUGGCACAUCGAGCAAUAAUACUGCUUCCUGUGCAGAAAACGACAAUGGUACAAACAUGUGCGCUGAGAAAGCAUGUAUAUUAAAUAAAACCAAAUGUGAUACAUUUGAGUUUUCUGGUGUGAGAACAGCAGUAUCUGAGUUCAAGCUGUUAUGUGACCUUGAUUACAUACCGAGCACUGUGAUGUCACUACAAGCGUCUGGUAUGCUAGUUGGAAGUCUUGUUGCCGGGCAACUCUCGGACACCUUUGGACGAAAACGGCCGUACUUUGCCGGAAUUAUCAUCGUUGUCGUCUUCAAUUUCAUCGGUUUUAUGUCUACAAACUGGAUUAUGUUUGCUGUCUCGCGAUUUUUCAUCGGUAUUGGUGCUGGAGACUUCAUCAGCGUUCAGCAUUGCAUUUUAUCCGAAUUUAUGUCGGCAAAAUGGCGUCCGUGGAUCACAGGGUUCCCUUCCUGGCCAUUACAAGUGUGCGCUCUGGCUCUUGUGUCCUGGUUGAUUAAAGACUGGCGCUAUAUACAAUUAUUUUGUUGUUUACUAGGAAUACCAUUCUUGUUUACUUGGUUCGUCAUACCAGAAAGCUUUCGUUGGUUUGUUGCACAUGACCGUCCCGCCGAUGCACAAAAGAUUAUAGAACGAUGGGCAAAGAUAAACAAUAAGCCUGUACCAGAAGUUGGAAAUACAGUUAUAAUUGAGAAAGAAUCAACCAAAGAGAUGGACAAGAAAUACACUUUCAUACACCUGUUUAAGUCAAAGGAACUUACAAAAAUCACUCUCUUACUGGCUAUUGACUGGCAUGUUUAUUAUCCUGUUUUUUCUCUUGUAAUUUUGUUAUUUCAAAUGAUCGAUUAA